UUCUAGUUUCAACCCCUCCCUAACCCCUACCCAUCUCUCUCUCUCUCUCACCGAGCAUCCAUCGAUCCUCAGACCACUCCCGAACCGAUCAAAUUUCAACGCACUCCUCUGAGAGAGCCAUGUACGGUGGUUCAUCCAUGCGCACCGCGCCGCUUGGCUACCAUUGCGACACCGCUGCAGCAUUGCCCUUCCCUCUGCUCCCGCUCCCCCAGCUGACCAUCCCUGAUGAGUACCACCCCCACCUUGCAGAGUUCGAUGCGCUGGACGAGACUGCAAAGCCACUGGCCCACUUGGACGCCACCUCCUAUGCCAGCAGCGGCUGCAGCAGCUGCUACGACUCGCCCAAUUCAGCUCCCAGCCAUGGCGACCCAACCGGAGCAAGUCUUAUGCAGCGGAGCAUUAGCAGCCACGCGCUACUCCAUAGGAUUAACGGGCAAUAUGAUUAUUCAUUGUGUCCGUACCCUGCGACUUGCGAGUCCACCGACUUGGACUCCGGUUCGGUCCGGAGGGUCUACAGUGCCGGGGAUCUGCAGCGAAGGAUGAACGGUGGGGCACUAAUGGACUGUGGGUACAAGAGAUCGGAGAGUCCUCCACCACCAUUGAGGAGUGAGAGCAGUCUGAUCAUUGAAGGGAUGAGCAGAGCUUGCAGGUAUAGCCCCGAGGAGAAGAAGGAGCGAAUCGAAAGAUAUAGGAGCAAGAGGCAUCAGAGGAACUUCAACAAGAAGAUCAAGUAUGCUUGCAGGAAAACUUUGGCGGACAGUCGGCCUCGCAUCAGAGGAAGAUUUGCUAGGAAUGAUGAAAUCGAUCAGAAGAGUGCUUCUCACGAGGUGGAUGAUCGAUGGAACCUGCACAUGGGUGGGGAAGAAGAUGAAGAAGAGGAUGAUAAUUGGAUCAACUUCAUCGAUGCAUUUUAUCCGGGAAUUUAAUUAUCCCUUGAUCUUAAUAUUAUUAGAUGUUUUAAAUUGAUUGGAAUUUUAAUAAUCAGCUCAAAGCUAGUUUGAUUCGUCUUUUUUUUUUUGGGCAUGCUUAUUAAUUUACUGUAGCUAGGUUGUAUUAAUUUGUAUGCUGCUGCGCAGUAAAAGAGAGACAGUGAGGAUGUAAAUAGUAACAUUGAUUAAUUAUGUAUGGAAAAUGGUGUAACUCAGUGUCAUA